CUUCUCUUCCAAAACAACCGUGCAGUUGUCUACCCAUGAAUUUUUACUAUGACUGCAAGAAGCCUUGCUAAGGUGGAGCAAGGCUGAGCGAACGAGACAGAAACACCACCACCCCUUGACAUGGAAACACACUGAUACAAUAGGCAAAAAAGGACACCUCGUUGCAUUUCCCGGUUCCAGGUGGCCUUAUCUGGCCAAUUCGAUCCUGACCUUAUUCCUGUGAUGGAGGACUCGGGCAUCCAGCGAGGCAUCUGGGAUGGAGAUGCCAAGGCUGUCCAGCAAUGUCUCACAGAUAUCUUUACCAGCGUUUACACCACCUGCGACAUCCCAGAGAAUGCUAUAUUCGGUCCCUGUGUCCUGAGCCACACUUCCCUGUACGACAGCAUAGCUUUCAUAGCUCUCAAGUCUACAGACAAGAGAACAGUUCCUUACAUCUUCCGGGUCGACACUUCAGCAGCAAAUGGUUCCUCGGAAGGUCUAAUGUGGCUGCGACUGGUCCAGUCGGCCAGGGAUAAGGAAGAGCAGAACCUCGAAGCCUACAUCAAAAACGGCCAGCUCUUCUACCGCUCUCUCCGCAGGAUCGCCAAAGAUGAGGAGUUGCUAGUUUGGUACGGCAAAGAACUGACUGAGUUACUCUUGCUCUGCCCCUCUAGACCCCACAGCAAAAUGAAUGGGUCGGCCCCUUACACAUGCCUGGAAUGCAGCCAACGUUUCCAGUUCGAGUUCCCCUAUGUGGCGCAUCUGCGUUUCCGUUGCCCCAAGAGACUGCACAGCGCCGAAAUGAGUCCCCAGGACGAGCAAGGCGGCGGCGUGGGCACCAAGGACCACGGGGGCGGGGGCAAAGACCAACAGCAGCCGCAACAGGAGGCGCCCUUGGGUCCAGGCCCCAAGUUCUGCAAAGCCGGCCCCCUCCACCACUACCCGGCGCCUACACCCGACAGUAGCACUCCACCCGCCGCGGCCGGCGGCAGCAACGCCAAGCCAUCCACGGACUUUCACAACCUGGCCCGGGAGCUGGAAAACUCCCGGGGAGGCAGCAGCUGCUCCCCAGCCCAGGGCCUCGGCAGCGGCGGCGGCCACCAGGAGGCGGAGCUGAGUCCCGACGGCAUGGCCACGGGCGGCUGCAAAGGGAAGAGGAAAUUUCCGGAGGAGGCGACCGAGGGCGGCGGCGCGGGGCUGGUGGGGGGCCGGGCCCGCUUCGCCGAGCGGCCCCUGCCGGCCUCCAAGGAGGAUCUGGUUUGCACCCCGCAGCAGUACCGCGCCUCGGGCAGCUACUUCGGCCUGGAAGAGAACGGCCGCCUCUUCGCGCCGCCCAGCCCGGAGACGGGCGAGGCAAAGCGCAGCGCCUUCGUGGAGGUGAAGAAGGCGGGCCGCGCCGCCAGCCUGCAGGAGGAGGCGGCCGCCGACGGCGCGGGAGCGGCCGCCGAGGACCAGGACGCCGGCGCUGCCGGCGGCGGCUCCUCCACGCCCGCCGCCUCGUCGCCCUCGGGUGCGGAGAAACUGCUGGCCCCGCGGCCCGGGGCUGCGCUGCCCAGCCGGCUGGAGGGCGGCAGCCCCGCGCGCGGCAGCGCCUUCACCUCGGUGCCGCAGCUGGGCGGCGCGGGCGGCGGCGGCGGGGGCGCAGGGGGCGGCGGCGCAGGGGGCGGCGCGGGCGCUGCGGCCGCGAGCAGCGCGGGCGGUGGCCAGGGCGCCGCGGGCGACGAGCGCAAAAGCGCUUUCUCGCAGCCGGCGCGCUCCUUCUCGCAGCUGUCCCCGCUGGUGCUGGGCCAGAAGCUGGGCGCGCUCGAGCCUUGCCACCCCGGAGACGGCGUGGGCCCCACCAGACUCUACCCCGCCGCUGCGGACCCGCUGGCGGUGAAGCUCCAGGGGACGGCGGACCUGAACGGGGGCUGCGGGGCCCUGCCCGGCGGCGGUGGUGGCGGCGGCGGCGGCCUACCCAAGCAGAACCCCUUCCUCUACGCCACCGCCUUCUGGCCCAAGAGCUCGGCGGCCGCAGCAGCCGCGGCCGCCGCCGCCGCGGGGCCCCUGCAGCUGCAGCUGCCCUCCGCGCUCACGCUGCUGCCACCCUCUUUCACCUCGCUGUGCCUGCCGGCGCAGAACUGGUGCGCCAAGUGCAACGCCUCCUUCCGCAUGACCUCCGACCUGGUGUACCACAUGAGGUCGCACCACAAAAAGGAGUACGCGAUGGAGCCCCUGGUCAAGCGGCGAAGGGAGGAGAAACUGAAGUGCCCCAUUUGCAACGAGUCCUUCAGGGAGCGCCACCACCUCUCCAGGCACAUGACCUCGCAUAACUGACACGGAAAGCACCCCGGCGUCCCGCGCGCUCUCGUGCACAGGCCACCCAACUACUGGAACAAACUCGCGAGGACAGCCACCACUUCCUUGCGCCUCGAAGCACUGCGCCCAGACAGGUGCACACCUGCACGCUCAACACACACACACACACACACGUGUGCUCCGCCCCCAGAGGAGCCCUCCCAUUCAGAUGUUUACUCGGGACACACACUGGAGACAGCAUGGUGGACUUCUGAUUGGGGGGUUGUUGGAGGGGGUUUUGUUUUGAAUGCACGCAUUUUCACUUUCCCAAAAACAAAGGUACAUUUUUAAAAAUGUCAUAUAUUGCAACAUAUUGAUGCAUUUGUCAUACGUUUCUACUUAAAUUAUUAAGCACUUAACAAUUUAGAUGUAAUAACUAUAUGUAAGGACAAAAUUUAUUUUAGAUAUAAAGGAAAGGAGGAAGGUGAGAUGCUUUCUGCAAUCUUGAUGACGGUUUGUGUUCUUACAAAAAUAACAAAACGAAUAAAAAACGGGGUCGCCAUUCAAUUUAAGUUUCCAGGGGAAAGUGCAUGUAUCAUGAAAUGAUUAUGGACUUCAAUGAAGAAUGUCAUCAAUUAUGUAAAUAUGUAUUUCCUUUUAAUACAAAGUGUAAUUUUGUGCCAGUGAAAUGGAGUCUGAAUAGUUAUGUGUUUCUUUUAUCCUUGGAAAGAUUUAUUAAACUUUAUA